AUGCUGGCUGAAGUAGUGGCUACUGCCGAAAACACAUACUCCCUUGCCGGUAAACAACUCAAGCUUAACACCCAUGACGAUAUCAAGCAAUACGUUGAAGAAAUUGAAGCUGUCACUGGAUUGGCAAUUCUUGACAUCUCUGGUAACACCAUCGGGAUCGAAGCCUCAGAGUCCUUAAGUAAGGCCAUUUUAAAGCAUAAGGACAGCAUUGUUGAUAUCAACUUCUCUGAUAUCUACACCGGUAGACUCAACACCGAAAUUCCUCAAUCUUUAGACCAUCUCUUACCAGCGCUUUUGCAAUUGUCCAACUUACAAAAGCUUGAUUUGAGUGACAAUGCUCUAGGCCUUCAAGCCAUUGAACCAAUCGAGUCUUAUUUGGAAAAGGCCGUUACCUUGGAACACUUGAUCUUGUCCAACAACGGGAUGGGUCCAUUUGCAGGUGCUCGUAUCGGUACAUCAUUGUUCAAAUUAGCUCAAGCUAAGAAGUCUCAAAAGAAAUCUUCUUUAAAGACUUUUAUUUGUGGUAGAAAUAGAUUGGAAAAUGGUUCAGUUGACCGUUUAGCCAUUGGUUUGAGAAACCACACCGAAUUAGAAACCGUUAGAUUGUAUCAAAACGGUAUCAGACCAGCUGGCGCUUCCAAAUUGAUCAGUCAAGGUUUGAGUAAGAACAAGCACUUGAAGGUUGUUGACUUGCAAGAUAACACUUUGACCACUUCUGCAUCUAUUGCCUUGGCUGCUGCUUUACCCCAAUGGAAGGCAUUGUCCGAAUUAAACGUCAAUGAUUGUUUACUUAAGGCUCAAGGUUCUUUGAACUUGGUCAAGGCCUUACUUGAAGGUGAGAGUAGAAAUGAACUUACUGUAUUGAAGUUACAGUUUAACGAACUUAACCAAGAAGCUUUGGAAAAGUUGGUUAAGGUUGUUGGUGACAAAUUGCCAAACUUACAACUGUUGGAACUUAAUGGUAACAUUUUCGAAGAAGAUUCUGAAUCGAUUGAUUUAUUGAAUGAAAUCUUUGAAGAAAGAGGAUUUGGAGAAAUCGAUGAAUUGGAUGAUUUAGAAGAACUCGACAGUGAUGAAGAAGAAAGCGAUGACGAAAAUGAAGAUGCUCUUCCUGAAGAUGUCAACUUGGAUGAAUUAGAGAAGGAAUUGGCUGGCUUGACCACCCAAGAUGAAGACAGUAAGGUGGACGAUCUUGCCGGGGACUUGGCCAAGACCCAUAUUAAAUAA